ACUGUUGUUGACUCUCUUUCAGGCACAAGGAACUCAACUUUUUAUCAAAGCAAAAUGGAGGGAGACAAAUCUUCACAGAAAUCACGUACUGCAUGAGGAACUGACAUUAUUUUCAGAGCAAAAUGGAGGGAGACAAAUCUUCACAGAAAUUGGGUAAACAAGAUGAAGAAAGUGAAUUCAAACCAACUGUCAAAAGACAGAACAGUUAUGAAGACAUACCACCAAAUAUGUCCGAAGAUGCUGGAACUGAGCAAAAUCCUGAACUCAGACUGGUGUUGGUGGGAAAGACAGGAGUGGGGAAGAGUGCUUCUGGAAACACGAUCCUCGGCAGAAAAAUAUUCAAGUCAAAGAUGAGUUUUUCAUCCCAGACUAAGUCAUGUGAGAAACAGCACGGCACGGUAGCGGGACGCAGUGUGUAUGUGGUAGACACGCCAGGGCUCUUCGACAACCAACAGAACGAGCAGGACGUCAGGCGAGAGAUUGGGAGGUCGAUCAACUACUCAUCCCCGGGACCUCAUGCCUUCUUGCUGGUGGUAAAACUUGAUCGGUUCACAGAGGAGGACAGAAGAACGGUGCAGCACAUCCAGGAGUUGUUUGGGGAAGGGGCCUCCCGCUACAUUAUAGUUCUGUUCACGCGAGGGAGCGAGCUUUCGGACGACAUAGAAGACUGUAUUAAAGAAGCAGACAGCGGUCUCAGAUCAAUGCUGUCCGAAUGUGGAAACAGGUACCAUGUCUUUGAGAACAGUAAUCUCGAUGACCGUCGGGAGGUGACCGAUCUUCUUGACAAAAUUGAGGCAAUGGUGAAGGAGAACGGUGGUGGGUGUUACACCAAUGAGAUGUUCCGUGAGGUGGAGAGGUUGCUUCAAGAGAAAGAGAAAGAGCUCAGGAGGCAGUAUGAGGAAAAACUGCGUCAAAAAGAGGAGGAGCUGAAGGCUAGGUUUCAGAAGGACAUGGAGGAGCUGAAGACAGACCUGGAGAAGAAGAUGGAAAAGCUAGUAGACGAGGGUAAAGAGAGGGACCUCAAGAUAAGUACUUUGGAGGAGAAGCACAAGAGAGAACUUGCUGAGUUUGAGCGCUUCUACCAGGAGAAAGGAAGAGCUGCCAGGGAUGAAGCAGAGACUUUGGACUUUACACACAACUUCAUUUUCAAGAUGUGGAAUUAUGUCUGUGAAGCAAUGACCAAAACCUAGGGAAACAGCCACCAGUAUAUCACAAGCUUACAGUAUAUGUGGCACUUGUACAGUGAAUGACUCGUGGAAACUCUAGUGGAAGCUCCAACACACUCUAGUCUCAUUUUAGGCAACGUUCAAAGAUCUGCCUUUAUCCAGUGAUUUGAAUCUUCAUUCCUGUUUCCUGUUCCAAGUCAACAUAGAUUGGAAAAAAAAACUGAUAUUCCUACCAGCUUUUCAGAACAAAGUCCUUUUCUAGACACUGGAAAAAAUACAGACUCCAGCCUCACCUUUCUAUCCCAAGCGAACACUGUCUGGUAGGCUUUCAAAAACAAGCUUCGCUCACCUCAGCCUUGGCAACAACUGGCCUUGUGACCAGCUAUUCCAUGUAGGCCACCGACCCAACAGCGGGCCAGCUGGAGACUUGAAGAUGUCUUCAACAUUCCUCCAGACAGACUGGGUAAAUGGUCCUGAGCAAGAGACUGCAUCCAUGAAUAUGAAUGAUAAUUAUUCAUGAACUGAUAUUAAGUGUUGAGACCAACACUAGUUCAAUCUCCAAAGAAUUUCUUAUAUAUUUUUUUGGCUAUGCACACUUUUUUUAUUAUUGUAUCCUGACAAAAUGUGGCAUUUGUUCAUACAGCAAAAAAUCAGCAGAACUAUAUAUAUAUUCUCCAUUCUUGGGUUGCAGAAUAUGAUUAAAUGAUAGAUGUGCCAAAGGUACUGUUUCCAUCAUUGUAAUUUCAGCAAAGUUGAACCGGCACUACCAUAAUACUGAUAGGAGGCGGACACGAAGAGGAAAAAGAUUUCUUGAACUGAAUAAUUCACUUCCCCCCAGCAAGUAAUCGCUUAGUAUAGACAUGGGAUCAUGAUGCUUUGAUAUUUUUAUUGUCUGUAGAUAGGAGAGAAGGUUAAUUCCAAACCCAAGUAAAAUAGUCUGAACUGUUUUAACCCAAGUGACAUCAUUCAGAUUCCUUCGGUUACUAAAAAUGAACAUUUGUCCACAGUGUUGGAGAAAACAGGUUUAUUCUUUUAAAACUGUCAGUGAAAUAUAUGGACGGAGUGUAGCACAGUGGGUAAGGAACUGGGCUUGUA